AGUCUCUCUAAUUCGUCGGAUUUUUUUUCUUGUAGUUGUACAUUAUUUUUUUUGGCCAUGGGAUCCAGUCGAACCGUUUGUUCUUAAAUAACGUAGGGAUUUUGAAUUUCCGUUGGAUUUAUAUAUUUUCCUUCAACACAACUUUUCGUGCCGAGCAUUUCGGCAACAAAUUUCCGGAAGUUUGCACCGUAAUCCCAAUGAAACGAACUCAACCCUCUUUUUUGCAUGCCAGAGAAAACAGCAUAGACCGCAGAAUGCGUCCCAGGCCAAACACGCGGGUCAAUCUAGAAGAAUUGAUGAUCAAUGACAGUGAAUGUUCUUCGAGAUCCUCCUCGUUUUCACGCAGUGAAUCACCGCUGUCACUGGAUCAUGAUAAAGCAGCAGCUGCAGAAACUAGCAAAGAUAAUGAAACAGUACGGGUUUUUCUUCGGCUGAGACCAUGCAUGAAAAGCAAUCCGUACAGUACUAAUGAAAAUGUGCUAGUUGUUAAAAAUAUAGAUGAAUACUCAACGGAAAGACAAUACACAUUUAGCGACAUUUUCAACGAUCAACUUUCUCAAGCAGAAGUUUAUAAUAGAUGCAUAAAGUCAGCCUUGAAAAAUAUCACUGGAGACAGAGGCGCAACUUUUUUAACUUAUGGUACUUCUGCAUCUGGAAAAACUUACACGUUACUAGGAAACAACAAUAAUCCUGGUAUCAUUCCACGAGCCAUCGAACAGAUUUAUAUAGAACAAGCGAAUAAUAUUUCCCCUCACCCAAGUCUUAGAAUAGAUAGAACAUCGGUCAAUUUUCUAGACGAUGACACUGUCUGUGAAGAGUUGAAAAAAUUAGAAACUAUGAAGAUGAUGUUGCAAAACACUGAAUCUAGCCAUAUGAAAAUGAAGUCUAGAAUCAAAAGAGAACAUUCGUUUCAGCCAAAAAUGGAUUCUGAUGUACGUGUAUUUAUAUGGGUAUCAUUUGUAGAAAUUUACAACGAAAAUGUGUACGAUCUGAUUGCUCCAGAUGUAAUGUUCACGAAACGAAAACCAAUGAAAGUAUUAUCAAAUGAAGGUAAUGCGUAUAUUAAAGAUCUAUCGUGUAUCUUUGCCGGUAGUAGUGAAGAUGCGCUGAGUAUUUUACAAUUUGGUUUGCAAAGUGCUACAUACGGGUCGACGGAUGUCAACAGCAACUCUAGCCGAUCUCAUAGUAUUUUCUCCAUAACUGUUAUAUCAUAUUCACUUGCUACUCAGCACAUUCAAUAUUCUGUAUAUAAAUUUUGUGAUCUCGCUGGAUCGGAACGAUUGAAAAAGACCGGCAACUUCGGUGACCGCUUGAAAGAAGCACAGAAAAUUAACACCUCUUUAUUAGUUUUGGGGCGCUGUUUAGAAACGGUUCACAAAAAUCAAAAAAGUAAAAAACUUGCUGACCUCGUACCAGUUCGUGAAUCAAAAUUGACAAUGCUAAUACAAUCGGCUCUCCUAGGAAAAGAGAAGCUAACCAUGAUUGUCAAUCUUUUUCCGACGGAUGAUUAUUACGAUGAGAAUUUGAAUGUGUUAAAUUUUUCUUCAAUUGCAAAACAAAUUGUCUUGCAGAAGAAGCCAACCCAAAAGAACAACAGAGCAACUCGUUAUUCUUUCUUCCUGGCGCAAGCAACUAGCAGUCCAUCAUCUCACAUUGAUGGUAAUCGUCUGAUGAUGGAAAACGAGAGGCUUAAACAAGAACUAUCACAGGAAGUUGCUAUUUAUCGUGAGCAGCUGAACGAAAAGGAUCUGGAAAUUCAAUUAUUGAAAAGAGAGCUUUUGAAACAGGAACUGCAACUACGCAAUGAAUUAACCGACGACUUUGAAUCAUACAGUGCUCAGCGUGAAGCAACAUUUAAAACGCGUUUGCAGCAAGCUCAAGAUGCCGCAGCCUUGCCGUACAAAUUGCAGAUUUCAAAUUUGAAUUCCAAAAUAGAGGAAUUAAAAACCGUUAUUGCAGAUAUGGAAUACGACGAAGAGGAAAACGAGAAGCAGCUUAAUGCCUAUAAAAAUGAACUGAAGAAAUAUCGUGAAAGAGAGCGUAAAACUAGGAGAAUGUCUCUUUGAUUCUGACAUCAAAGCGUAAUCGAGAAAGUUAAAAAAAGCAAAAAUACAACAAAAACUAUUGUUCUGGAAUCAAUUGUACAUAACUAUAUCACGUAAGUGUUGUGCAAGAAUUAAAUUCCAAUGAGAUGUUGCACAAUUUAACUUUCUUACCCGUCGUCAAACAAUUUCAUCAGCAAAAUAUUCUUACUCCCAUUUCUUUCACAUCCGCAGCCUUAGUCAGAUAUUUUGAUCUUGGAGUGAACAUUUAAACGUAAUGGUUUUUUAUCGUUGUAGCUUUGUAAAACUACAUGAUAUGCCGGCUUCAAAUACCGAGAAAGCAACAAGUGCCAAUGUCUAAUCUAAUAGCACGUGAAAGCGUGUUUGAUUUAUUCCUUGAAUUGGACAUGACAAAUGCCAGUUGCCAGUAAAGAGCAAUCACGUUAGUGAAUAUCCGCUAAUCAAUGUCACGUUUGCUACGAGCAACGUAAUUCAAUCAGAUAUAUUUUUUACAACAAAAUAACGACCUGAAAUUAUUGAAUGUAAUUUUUUUCGGUUCACAUUAUUAUGAAGCUAAGGUCUUUUUUUAUACGUUUUUCAGAGUGUAGUCCAGGACGGUGUAGCUACACCGAGAAAACGAAUUCGACAUUUAUUUAUUUACGUCAAUCAUAGUAGACUACAUCUUAAAACUAUUGCUAACAUCACAAAUAUAGUUAUCUAAUUAUAGUGUUCAUUUUUUUCUAAGAGCAUUUCGCGACAUCGUUAAAUCAAUAACUUCACAAUAUUUAUUAAAUAGACUCAUCGUACUAUUAACUGGCCCGGCCAUGGCAUAUUCUGUUCUAUAAGAAUUUAAUACAAAAAUUUUUCGUGUUCUUAAUGAGCGUGUAGGAGCAUAAAAGUUUAGUUUUACUAGCGAAUUUAUCGAACAUAUGCGUUGUGAAACUAAAUCGUUGACAAGAGUUACCGAAGCAAUUUCUCUUCUUUUUUCAAGUGUUUCUAUAUUAAUGAGCAUGCAACGCGAUUCAUAACAAGGGAGAGGAAAUGAGUUCCAACCUAGUUUUCUUAGUGCAUAUAACAAACACUGUUUUUGUACGGAUUCGAUUCUAUUGGAAUGGACGUCUUGAUAAGGCGACCAAACAACACUACAGUAUUCUAAAAUAGAUCUAACAUAUGUAACAAAAAGAGUUUUUAUAGUAUACGGGUCUACGAAAUGAUAACUGAACCUUUUUAUAAAACUCAGCAUACUGUUGGCUCUAUUGAUGAUCGUAAUGUACACUGAGAGAAAAGCACUUAAGAAUUUCAUAAGUUAUAACUUUAUGAACAUGCAUAAUUUUGAUUUCAUUAGACACUUAUGCAUUGCAUAUCAAGCUUAUACAUUUCAUAAGUAUACUUCAAGGAUUUUCAUAUGAACGUUAUGUCCCAUACGCGUAACUUAUGAUUUUCAUAAACGGCAAAAUAGUGAAAAUUCCAUAGUCAUAUCUUAUAAAAUCUGUAAAAUGGCAGACAAGAAUUGUUGAUUUGUGCACCGUCAGAUAAGUGUUAGAAGUUUUUGGAUAAAGCUGAGCUGAAAUUUGCACAGCUGGUGUCAUCUGGUGAAAAUUGGAGCAAAAAAGUGUAAGUACCUCUUUUCAAAUCCUAUAGGAUACCUAUACAUAGGUUUAUGGUAUACAAAAUGUCAUCUAUGUUUAUUCUAGCAACUAUUAAAUUUUGUGAUCGUUAAAAGAGACAACGCUGACGAC